AUGUCGUCAAGUGGAUUAGAUAUGAGGGCAUUCCCCUUUCCAUCAAUUGACAAGCCAUUCGGUGUGGAAUUAUGGCCAAUCUUCGAUAAAGUAUUCACCGCGGUGAAAGGCUACCACCCUCAAGACUUCGAUUUCCAACCACGAGUUACGCCCAUGUCAACAUUGAAGGAGAGCGGCUUCACAAUUCUGGCAUACUAUGUAAUAAUAUUCGGUGGAAGGGAGUUGAUGCGAAAUCGACCAGCCUUCAAACUCAAUGGUCCUUUCAUGAUUCACAACUUUUACCUUACAGCUAUCAGCGCCAUCCUUUUGGCACUCUUCGUUGAGCAAUUGGUACCCACAGUUUACAACCAUGGUCUUUUCUACGCCAUCUGCGAUGUCAGAGGUGGUUGGACUUCUCCCUUGGUUAUUCUCUACUAUCUCAAUUACCUUACAAAAUACCUCGAAUUGAUUGAUACCGUCUUCCUCGUCUUGAAGAAAAAGCCAUUGACUUUCCUUCAUUGCUACCACCACGGUGCCACUGCUCUCUUGUGUUACACUCAACUUAUUGGAUUGACUUCCGUGUCAUGGGUCCCAAUUACCCUCAACCUCAUGGUCCACGUUGUUAUGUACUGGUACUAUUUCCAGAGCGCGCGUGGAAUUCGCAUUUGGUGGAAGGAAUGGAUCACCAGACUCCAGAUUAUUCAGUUUGUCAUUGAUCUUGGCUUCGUUUACUUUGCAUCCUACACCUACUUUACGUCAACUUACUUCCCCAACAUGCCAAGCGCAGGUCACUGUGCUGGUGAAGAAUUUGCAGCUUUCGCUGGUAUGGGUAUUCUCAGCUCUUACCUUUUGCUCUUCAUCUCCUUCUACUUCGCAACCUACAAGAAGGAUGGAAAGCGUCCCACGGGUCGCAAGGCUGCUCGUUCCUUGGUCGAUGCCAAAGUUCCGGAUGUCGCCACACUUACACAUGGAAAGAUCAAUGCAAGCCCUGUAAAUGCUCGUGCAACAGGUGUAAGCCCAGCUCGACCAGCGACCCGCUCCCGCAAGGCAUAA